AUGGCCAAGGCAAAGGUAUUCAUCAUCUACUACUCGACCUACGGUCACAUCCACACCGUCUCCAAAGCGGUCCAGGAGGGCCUUGAGAAAAACUCGGAUGUCGAUGUCGAGGUCUACCAGUUCCCCGAGACCCUCUCGGAUGAGAUCCUGGGCAAGAUGCACGCCGCGCCCAAGCCCGACAUCCCCGUGAUCACCACGGACAAGCUGACCGAGGCCGACGGCUUCCUGUUUGGCUUCCCGACGCGCUUCGGCAACGCGCCCGCCCAGGUCAAGGCCUUCUUUGACGCUACCGGUGGCCUGCCGCCGGGUUUCUUCUUCUCGACUGGCUCGCAGCACGGCGGUCAGGAGACCACCGUUAUGACCUUUUUGCCCAAUCUGACCCACCACGGAAUCGUCUAUGUGCCGCUUGGUUUCAAGAACCCGAACCUGUCGGAUAACUCGGAGGUGGUCGGUGGGUCGGCCUGGGGUGCUGGCACGAUUGCUGGUGGCGAUGGGUCGAGGCAGCCGAGCGAGAAGGAGCUUGAGCUUGCAAGCUAUCAGGGAGAAGAGUUUGGGAAGUUUAUUUCAAAGCUCACUGCCUCAGACUAA